AUGCUCUAGGAUAAAGUUGGAGAAUUUGCUAAACUGAGUAAAAUUGAACUCCUUGAAGCUACUGAGAAGUCUAUUGGUCCUCCGGAAAUGCACAGAUACCAUUGUGAACUCAAAAACUUCAGGGAGAAAGAAAAACAACUAGAGACCUCAUGCAAAGAGAAAACUGAGUAUCUAGAGAAAAUGAUUCAGAGGAAUGAAAGGUAUAAACAAGAUGUGGAGCGGUUCUAUGAACGUAAGCGACAUUUAGAUUUGAUUGAGAUGCUUGAAGCUAAAAGGCCGUGGGUGGAAUAUGAAAAUGUUCGUCAGGAGUAUGAAGAAGUAAAACUAGCUCGAGACCGAGUGAAGGAAGAGGUGAGAAAACUUAAAGAAGGGCAGAUCCCUAUGACCCGUCGAAUUGAAGAAAUUGAGAGGCAGCGUCACAUUUUGGAGGCUCAAAUCAAAGAGAAGGCAACAGAUAUCAAGGAGACCUCUCAAAAAUGCAAACAAAAGCAAGAUAUUAUAGAAAGGAAAGAUAAACAGGUAAGAUUUUGUAUUGAAAUUUUUACUGUGCUAAUUUAACCUGACUUCUGUGUU